CUAUAUCUUGGAUCCAAAGGAUGCCCUUUCCUCCCCAUUAUUGACCCUUUCUUCCACUGAAACAAUCAACCAAUUUCACCUAAGAUUUUUUUAAUCCCUGUUGUUAUAUAUUCAGCUCUUGGAUAACGGAGUCGUUCAUUGAUAUUCAAAUCGAAUAUCUUCCUCUUUGAUCGCUAUUUUAUUGCUUCUGAUCCACAAUUUCACAUAUAUAAAUCAUCAAUCUGCAGAGGCUGUUGUUCAUAUCUCGUUUUUGGGAAUUUUAGUUUGGUUUUUUGAAAUAUCUUGUGAAGAAGAAGAGAUUAUGGCGAGUGCGGCUGGAAUCAUCAAUGGCUGUGUCUCAUCGUCGUCGUCGUCGUGGGGGCAAUUGAGAAAUUUGCACAAGAAGAAGGCGGUGAACGGAGGUGGCGGUGAACGGAGGUUUAGGGUUCGUUGUGUUUCAACUAGUCCUGUUGCUUCAGAUCCGUAUAAGACUUUGAGUAUUCGUCCUGGUGCUUCUGAAUCUGAGGUCAAAAAGGCUUUUAGACAACUAGCUUUGAAGUAUCAUCCAGACGUUUGCAGAGGAAGCAAUUGCGGAGUCCAGUUUCAUCAAAUCAACGAAGCUUACGAUAUGGUGAUGAAUAAUUUGAGAGAUGAAACGAGUGUAUCGGAGAUGGACGUGUACGGACCAUCAGAUGCAGGUAUAGAUGAACCGAUGAGAGGUAUGGAUGAUCCAGAGUGGGAUAUGUGGGAAGAAUGGAUGGGUUGGGAAGGCGCUGGAAUCCGAGAUUACACUUCACACAUUAAUCCAUACAUCUGAUUGAAGAAGAUUCAUGGAUUUUAAGCUGAAUCCGCCAUGGAUGUACCAGGAUGAAUAAAAAAUGUGAACUGAAGUACCUGGUUUGUAUAUAAAAGGGAGUCUAUAGAGAUGAUGGUAUUAACAUUCGUCUCUCUUUGUAUAUAAUUCUAAAUUAUGGUUAAUCUGUGUAAUUACCGUUGGAAAUAAAUCUUCAUUAUUUUAAAUCU